GCGUUGCCAGAUCUAUUCACUUAAGUUACUUACAAGCGACAGAAAACUUUUAACAAUUUAAUAUUAAAAAACACGGUUUAUGCUGAAUUAAAAUGCCAGGCGACGCGGAAAACAGCAGUACCGAUACCACCAAUGACCACAUUGAUUUGGCCCUGUACCGACAGCUGGUCAAACAGUUUAUAGACAUGAGACGCUACUCCACGGCACUGUUCUGGGCAGAAAAGGUGUCCGUGCUCAGUGGUCAGGAGCCCCGAGAUAUAUACUACCAGGCGCAGUGCAUGUUCCUGUUGGGGGAGUACCAUCGCGCUGCCCACACCAUACAGCACCACAAGCUGGAGAAGAACUCCCUGCCGUGUUUUAACCUGCUCCUGGAGAGCCUCUAUGCGGCCAAGGAGCUUACAGAGGCGGCCAAUGUCAUUCAGAACGUGGAGGUGGAGGUGAUGACUACGUCGCUGAUCAAUCAGCCCGUGGACGCCGGCAGUGGCUGCUACCUGGAGAGCAACAGCGUUUUUGGUGGCGAAGAAAACCAUCGAAAUGAGUUGUUAUCAUCCAUUUACCUGAUGAAGGGCAAGGUCUACGAGGCCAUGGACAAUCGCGGCAUGGCCAUGGACUUUUAUGUCCAGGCUCUCCACAAAUCCAUUUACUGUUUCGAGGCCUUGGAGGCUCUGGUUCAGCACGAAAUGCUGAUGGCGUGGGAGGAGUUCGAACUGAUGCAUCAUUUGCCACUGGCACAGCAAUCCAGCGAAACGGACGCCAAGUUUAUUUUAAAACUCUACGAGUCGCGGCUAAAGAAAUACUACGAGUUAAUAUCGGCUCGUAACGCUGAGGAAAUCUCCCCCAUUGUUAAUCCUGACGCACUGAAGUUUAUUAAGGAAUUUACGGCCCGAGUGCAGCAGACUGGUACCUCAGAUUCCCAGUUGCCCAAAGUAAGCACACUCAAGGUGUCGCUUACGCCCAGUCAUUUCAUGUCGCCCGCUCGAAAAGUACUGGAGGAUUUAAAGGCACCCACUUUCUCACUGCAAACAAGUCUCUCCAAGGCCUCCUCACUUGUUGAUGCUUCCCAUCGGUCGAUGUUUGACUCCUCCAGCAGAAGGCGAUCAAGAGAUCACGACACAGACACCUUGAUUGCUCUCGGGGAUUGCUUGAACCGAGUACAACGCAGCACGGAUUUGAUGGCCUCCGAGGCGGAGAAGUGUUUCUACGACUGCGACUACAAACAGUGCCUGAAAAUAUUAAACGAACUGCUUAAAGUGGAUCCUUUCCAUAACAACGCGCUUACCAUUCAAAUUGCCUGCCUGGUGGAAAAUGGUGACUUCAACCGUCUCUUCUACGUGGCCCAUAAGCUGGUGGAUCGCUAUCCGGACAAGGCGAUUUCCUGGUACGCCGUCGGCUGCUACUACGACAUGAUAGGCAAAAGCGAUCCCGCUAGGCGAUAUCUCUCCAAGGCCACUGCCCUGGAUCGACUUUAUGGCCCUGCUUGGCUGGCGUACGGCCACAGUUUCGCCAAUGAAAACGAACACGAGCAGGCGAUGGCGGCCUACUUUAAGGCCACACAACUGAUGCGGGGAUGUCAUCUGCCUUUGCUCUACAUCGGUGUGGAGUGUGGACUAACCAAAAACCUAGAGCUGGCCGAGAAGUUUUUCCUGCAGGCUAUGAAUAUAGCGCCGUUGGAUGUGUAUGUUCUUCAUGAGCUUGGUGUGAUUAAGUAUGAGUACGAGUUCUUCGACGGCGCCGCCACCAUCUUCCAAUGCACCGUCGAUAUUGUGAAACAGCGGGCCAAGACCAACAACGAGGAGAUCUCUGCUCGCUGGGAACCGCUUUUUAUCAAUCUGGGUCACUCACUACGCAAGAUCCACAAGUAUGAGGAGGCGCUGUACAACUUUCAAUAUGCCCUGCUCUUAAAGCCGCAGAAUCCCACGACAUACACAUCCAUAGGAUUUAUACACGCCCUGCUUGGAAAUCUUGACCCCGCCAUCGAGGCCUUCCACAAGAGCUUGGCUCUGAACAGAGACUGUAUAGUGACAUCCACCAUCCUUAAGAGCUGCAUCGAGGACCUAAUGGACGACCCGGCUACGAUCGAUGAGAUCUGCAGCGCCGCCUUACGAGAUGUGGCCAAGAACAUCACUGCCAAUAGUCGUCGUGUGAUGAACUCGGACAAAUUUAAUGGGAUGAAGCUCAAGUUCGACGAGGAGGAGGAGUUCGCCAACUCUGAUUCCAACAUGGUGGUGGAAAUGAGUUUCGAUACCUAGAAAAUAUUUACCUUAACUUAUAACAAUCAUACAGGUUAGCUCCGAUCAUUAGCCAGGCAAACAAGUAUCAUGCACUUGAACUUAAUUCGUGGCCAAAGCAAACACAGAUGUUUAUGCUCGAUCUGUACUUUUCUGUUUUGCUCUGGCUAAUGAGCAGAGUCUUGGGAUUUUUCAGCCCUGUUUUUCCCACCAUCAAUUGAAGUAGCCGCCAUGUGAAUAACAUUUAGUAUUUAAGAAUGUGCAAAAGUCUCAUUUGAAUCAUAAUUGUGCGGGCCAGCCAAGAAAGGUCCCAAUCAAGUUAUCUCAAUCAUUCUGUAGCUUAUAAACUAUAGUUGUAAUUAAAGCUAGCUUAGUCUCCGCAAGGAACUAAACUUGUAACCAAACAGUAA